UGCUUAUCUCUAGGACCUAGGAGACUCAGGCUGAGAAUAGAGCUCCGGAUGCAGACAGAUGGGCCCCCAUCCCGCAAACCUCCGGAGAAAGAAGUGGUUCCUACCUUCCGCCAGACAGAAAUUGUGUGUGAACUACUAUGGCAAGUCACCAGUGAAAAUCUCCAACAGACAUAAAAGUUGUAAGCGACCAAGAGAGAUGGAGAAUGAAACUGUAGCAAGUCCACAGUUGUCUUCCCUUGCAAAAUCAGAUUCUACCUUUUCUGAAAGUGCUGUGCCAUCAUUUUAUAAAGCCGAAGUCCUGGAGAAAGUUUUAAGUGAUAUGAGCAAGGAGAUUAAUCUACUGUUGAAUAAAUAUGCACAGAUUUUAAGGCAAAGAGCAGCAGUGGAUGCUUCUACAUUGAAGAUGUUUGAUGCAAUCUGCAAAGAAGCCAGUACUUUAGAAAACCUUCUGAAACGAAAAAGAGAGAAUCUGAGGCAAAGAUUCACAAUGAUUGCAAAUACUCUGCAAAGCUAAAAUGAAGUAUACAUGCAAAAUAACAUAAGACGCCAAGCUGUUUGUGUACCAUUUCUGUUGUGUAUUUAAAGAAUGCUAAUAUGUGCUUUGAAAAUAUAAUAUUCAUCAUUUAUCUGUAGUAGUUAUGGAAAGUGUAUACAAUCCAUUUAUAGAAAGGAAUAUUAAAGAAGUUUUGUUGGGUUUGAUCAAACUUUUAAGCUGUAUAUCAGUUUGAAAUAUUUGGUUUUUAUCUUGAAGUUUUAAUAACUGACAUAUUUCAUAAAAAUGUAAAAUUUUGUUAGCCUAAUCACUUGUGGAUAAUUUUCUGUUUGUCUUAAAACUCCU